AUUAUUUCCUUGGCCUGCAUGAUGCUAGCGAUUCACUGCUGUCCUCUUAUGGAAACCUAGGCCCUUCAGAGAAGGCUAUUAGAUUUUACUCUGAGAGAAUUCAAGUAAAGGGCUGAAUAUGAAAGCUUGGCACAACUCUCAGGUUUUUAUUCAUCACAGCUUGCAAAAAGCUUUAGAAAUCUUAACAAUUUCCUUCUACUUCACAAUUACGCCCCACAGUGUCCAUUACAAAAAUACCCUCAAAACACAAUGGAGUUUCUGGUUAUACAGUGAUCAAAGGAAAGAAAAAAAUAUAUGUGAGUAGUUUAGCAAGGCACAGCUUUUAGGGACGUCCGGGCAUGAUCUGAUGGGCCAGGAUGGAUUUCAGUACCAGGUCGGAAUGGGAUUUAAACUGUGAACGAUGUCUGGACAGGAGCUGGACGAAAUAGUUCAAAUAACAGUGGAGGAGUUUCACCAGGAUGACCGUACUGCUGCAGAUUUGCUGGACAACAAUGAAGACGGCGAAGAGAGACCACAGAAGAAAAAGAGGAAACUAAGCAACAGCCAGGACAGCAACAACAACAACAACAACAAUCAAGAACUAUCUUUUAUUAAGAAUCUUUUGGUGUCAUUCACUGACUCGAUUAGCCAGCGUCUGGAGGGAAUCGAGUCGAAGCUCCAGUCUUUAGACGCUACCUGCAAAGUCCUCGUACGUAAACUUGACAGCAUGGCUCCCUGCGCAAAGAGCCCCGUCCAGGUUCCCAUGGUUGCAGGUUCACCACAGGGAGCCACUCAAACGUGGAACAAAGUUCGAUGUGUUGUCCCCCAAACAAACGUGAUCGUUAGCAGGGAACCCCCGAAGGGUUUAAGCCAGGAAGACACUCCGCUUGAAAACCUUCUCAGCAACACCGUGGCCAGGAGGCGACAGAACACCAUCCUGGUUAAGGUGCCGGGCGCUGAAGAGAGUCAGGAGGAACAAGAGAGCGGCUCAGAGGCCAGUGACUCGGUCUCCAACAGUGGUCAGUCAAGCGGCGCGCCAAAUGGUCAAAAUGUUACGCUCAUCACACUCAAUGCAGAAGAAGAUUAUCCAGAAGGCACCUGGCUGGGAGAUGAAAACAACUCAGAGAUGCGGGUCCGCUGUCCAAUUUCGCCAUCUGACAUGCUUUAUAUCAGCACAAACUGCCGGACGGCGGAGAAAAUGGCUCUGACGCUGCUGGACUACCUAUUCCACCGAGAGGUCCAGGCAAUGUCAAAUCUCUCUGGGCAAGGGAAACAUGGAAAGAAGCAGCUGGACCCUCUCAUGAUCUAUGGCAUACGAUGCCACUUGUUCCACAAAUUUGGCAUCUCCGAAUCGGACUGGUACCGGAUCAAGCAAAGCAUCGACUCAAAGUGUCGCACCGCCUGGAGACGCAAGCAGCGUGGCCAGAGUCUGGCAGUCAAGAGCUUUUCCAAGCGCACUCCACGCAGCACGGUGGCAGAGGAAGGCAUCUCGGAUGAAGCUGCUCAGAUGGAGGCCGCCACCCAGCAGACCCUGCAUUACACGCUGGCCAAUCAGCAGGUCCAGUUCCAUCGCAUCGGUGAAGAUGGGCAGGUUCAGGUGAUUCCACAGGGACAGCUGCACAUCGCCCAGGUGCCACAAGGCGAGGAGGUGCAGAUCACACAGGACAGCGAGGGAAACCUCCAGAUUCAUCAGGUGCAUGUCGGUCAGGACGGACAGGUACUUCGCGGAGCUCAGUUGAUAGCCGUUGCUUCAGCCGACGGAGGAGCCACAGCAGUGGAGGGAUCUGCUCUCCCACCUGAUAUCCAAGUGCAAUACGUGCAGCUCGCUCCUGUUUCAGAUCACACAGCAGCUGUGCAGGCUGCUGAACUGGCGCCUGCCUUGCAAGCUGAGAUGGAGGUUAAAGAAGCCAUCCAGGGUGCCAUCCACGCAGACAAUGGCGAGGUUGUGCAGAUUGUCAGCUCGGUGGCCACCUGAGAUCCCGUUUGAUACGUCGCAGACCUGAACUCUGCCAUGCAGCAUGGCCCGAUGUGUCUCUGUGGAAAAGUCUGACAAAACAGUCAAGCUAGAACGUCUCUUAAGGUCACCGAUAAAACAGAGAGAGAUGGAGAGAGAGAGAGGGAAAUGUUCUCUUCCUCUUUUCUUUUCUUUGCAAACUUUAUAAUUUUUUUUUUUUUUUUUUUUUUAACGGCAAGCGGUAAACACUGAAACGAUGUUUACCGGUAAUUUUUAAAAAAGCCGUUGCACUCCAAAGUCAACUGUGGUCAUCUUGCGUUUUUAUAACCAGAAGGACACGGACUAGUGUGUGACAUGCAGGGGGUUCAGUUUUUUGGAAAAAUCUAAUAUGUUUAAUAAAUGGAUAUCCUAAAACCCUCAAAUCCUAGCUGAGUCCCUGUGGACUUUCCUUUUCUUACUUCCCACAGUGCACAGCAAUGGAAAGGAGGAUUUAAAUAAGGACAGCUACUCAUGUUUGUGUUAAACUAGAUAGCUUGUCCUUCACCGUAAUUCAGUCCACACUAUUUCUCCCGGCCGUUAGCUGCACCUUUCUUUUGAUUUCUCUGGCUUGUUUCCAUAUCUUCUCAGCCUCAAGAGUUUUGUUUUACUUGUAUUAUUUAUGUAAUUGUUACACAAUGUAAAAUUUGAGAAGCUUUAAUUGUAGAGAAGACCGUACAUAGAAGAGACAGGGCCAGGGGUAGACAGAACAAGAUGCUUGUGGAGUUGCAGGGAAACCCUAAAGUUGUUUAUUUGUCUCAGUUUUGUCUGUACGACAGAUCCACUUUUGUGAAAUAAAACAUGUUUGUGGCCAUCAUAAAAAAAAAGUGCUUUUAUUUUGGUUUCUUUCGCUCUUUGUCGUCCACAUUAGCAUCAGCUUGCCUUCAAAGUUUGCUUUCAUCCCCCGCGGAAAGACAAUUGAUGUCUCCCCGAGAUGAUGGUUUGGGUUUGAGGUUGUUGAGGUUUCAUGUUGAGCUAAUUUAUUCACUGUUUUUGAAGUAAAUAUGAAUCAUGUCGAGUUCAGUAACCAUAAGAAUAGGCUACUGUACUGUCGGCACUCCUGGCAGCACAAAACAAAACAAAAAUGCAGCAAAAUGAGCUCAGAAUAGUUUUUUUUAUUCAGACUGUAAUUUUUAUGUUUUCCUCAUUAUUGUUUAAGAACUAUAAUUACGCUCAUUGAAGCACAUUUCUGCUACGUUUGUCUCUGUAUGUACAGAGGACGUCUUGUUGCGUUACGAGAGACUCUGCUAAUGAUGUAUAUCCCUGCAGUCAGACAGUGCAGAGAUAAGAGAGACACUCCAGGACUUUAUGUGUUGCUGUGAGCAUGUUUCCCAUGCUCGGUGUGAUGUAAUGGUGUAUUUUGGAUUGAGGAUGUGAACCAGGCGACAAAAUGAACUUGAUAAAACAACA